AUGGACGGAUUAAAACAGCAAAGAUCAGUACUGACUAAAAUACCAACAACACCCAUAAAAACACCAAAUUUCCGGUUCGGUAGUUGCUGCGGAUUAAAAUUAUCAAUCAUAAUGAUCAACCUUAACAUACUGGCUUGGAAUUGUUUCAACCUUAUAAUGGUAUUAACAGUGAAUUCAAUACCAACACCACAAACAGAGCCUUUGGAUUUGUCAAUUAAGAAAACUGGAAAAAAUGGGCUAGCUUCCAUAAAAGUAGAUAAAGCUCACAAUUUGUUUUCCGUACAAAGUUCAGAAAUUUUAGAAGAUAAUGAAGUAAGUGGAAAUGCGGAAAAAAAUUUCAUAGCAGCAAGAAAUUCCGGUGAAGAACCUGACAAACAACCACUGCAGCAAUUUUUAAAUGAGCUUAAAAUAGAAGAAAAAACGGAAACAGCACGCAUGAAUGAUGCUUUAGCUCAACUUCUCCAAACUAAAAAUGAUAUGGAUGAAGAAGCAAGCUCGAAAGUGACAAAUAAUCUACGCAAAUGUGCUUGCUACAAGCAAAUGCACACUUUCCAAAGCCAACUUUAUACGCACAUGCCUACAUGUGUAAAGUCCGCUUGGUGUGAAUUUUGUAUGAAACUUUUUUCAAGCCGAAGCAAUUUACAACAACACAUGUCUAAACAUAUUGGAAAAAAAUUUCAUUGUCAUCGCUGUACUAAAACUUUUACAAGGAACAGUAGCCUGAAGAACCAUUUGGUGCUUUUGCAUGAAGGAGAAAAGCCUUUUAAAUGUAAAAUUUGCUCGCAGUGUUUUGUGCAAAAUGAUCUUCUCAUUCAACACGUCUCUGAGCAUACUGGAAACGAACCUUUAUCGUGUAAAAUAUGUCAUAAGAUUUUUCUCCAUCAAUAUCAAUUACAAAACCAUAUGGUCAAUCAUAAAAUGUUUACAGUACCUGAAAAACCGCACGAAGGCUUAACCUGA